AGUUCAAUUCUUAUCCAGCCUACUUCUCCAAUGUACAGAACCAUCACUUCCCUGGCUCUCAUUACUCUCGCCUCGGCGGCAUCUGAUCUGUGUAUGCAGAUGUGUACCGACCUCGGCAGUCAGACUGCAUGUGCUGGAUCCGGCAAGGGCUCUUACUGCAAGCACUGGCAACAUGAGCCAGUCUGCCAAGGCUUCAUUCGCAGGAAGGACAACAGCUUGUGCUUCCGCACUGGUGGUCCUGAUGAUGUUAAGUGUGUGGGUAGUCCCGUCCCCUGUCCCGAAUCGCCCUCUACAAGAAGCCCCGGGUCAUCCUCAACGACUGAACUGGCCGUGACUACACCGAGCAUCACUACUACUAUUACUAGCACCAGAACUACCACUACCCGACGUCCGACUUGGGAAGGUAAAUUCUGUGGCACCGCUCUCGGACAAUCACUACAAGUUUCGCUCGAGUCUGGGCGCCUUACUCUGAGUCUACCAGCACUUCAUAUUAAGGGCCUCUGUGAUUACCACGUGAAUGGCAAUGGAGUUAUCCUAUCCAAUUUUGAUAAAGUCCUGGCAGGGUUGAUGAAGACCGCUGGUAUCAAAGAGUUCCAUGUGACGAUGGAGGGCCCCAAUCAGAUGCACCUCAAGGCAGGGGUGCUCCUCGAUGUUACUCUAAAGAGGUGUUGAAGACUAUAUUCAUUUCGGAGAGUUUUUGAUGAAGAGAUGUCUUCCUUUUUUCCGGUUCGAAACCACUUUUUCGUAGUGUGGCAAUACUAAGGGCCACCGAA